GCACGAGACGUUAGACAAAAUGUGAUUUAUUUAAGAACAGCGCUCUUAAAACAGCAUGCUUUUAACUGGAGUUUGCCAUCGACCACAAUGCAAUCUGAGCUAAUUACAAGUGCAUGUUAGGAGUAUUUGUACUACUAAUCCUGGAUUACCCAGCACAUGGACUGCAGUUGUAGAUCAGCUCUAGCAGUCGUGGCAAAAAUCAAGACUUCGAUCUGUAACGAUGCGUGUUUGUAUUUUUAAGCCAACAGUUUUCCUUCAGCUUCAUAUUAUGUUGCUGAUAAUUAACCUUAAACCCGUCUCUUCUAGAAAUCUCUUCCCGUUUUUCAGAAUGGGGAACUUCACAUCAUCUUCUGCAGGGUUGUCCAGCACAUCAUGUAUACAAUAUGUUCAGGAGGUAGUGUCUCAGAACUGUGUUGUGAUAUUUUCCAAGACCACCUGUCCUUAUUGCAAAAUGGCCAAGAAUGUUUUCAAUGAAAUUGGUGCCACCUACAAAGUGGUCGAGCUGGACGAGCACAACGAUGGGAAGAGACUGCAAGAGGCCUUAGCUCAGAUGACCGGUGCCAGAACGGUACCGAGGGUCUUCAUUAAUGGAAACUGCAUUGGAGGCGGCUCUGACACCAAACAACUCCAUCAGCAGGGAAAGUUGGUCCCCCUCAUCGAACAGUGCGCCCCCUGCUGUGCCGGGAGCGGCUCCGAUGGAUCAGGGAGCGGACAGUUUGAGACCACUAAAUGACUAACCGUUCUUGUCAUUUUUUUCAAUCCAGUAUUGAUCAAAUGUAUGCUUGAUCUUGUGUUACAAGUUCUACACUGCUUGAGCUGGACUAUGUUAUUUAUUUAUCAAAGUGCAUCGGCUACAUGAUGUACAGAUAUUCACAUUUUUUUUAUCAAGGAAUGUACAGAACUGUUGUUAAAGUUGCUGUCUUUUAAAAAAAAAUAGGGAUUGUUAAACUGCUUUUCACAACCAAACCGUGAACAUAAUUUCAUGAUGCUUUGACGGUCAUGUUGAUGAAAUGUUUUUACUUUAAGUGUUCAUAUCUUGGACGAGUUAAAGGACUUCAGAUUUUUCAAUGAGCAAUUUUAUUCAGUUUACUAUGUUAAUAUUUCAUCUUGUGCGAAAAUGUUAGUGAUUUGCAUAGAAUAGAUGAAAACAAUCUUGCCAUAUUCAUUUAUUUUUACUUGCUUGUCAAAUCAUAUGUAAAUUUAUCAGUAGCAGUGUCUGAUUUUAAAUUCCUUUUUUUAUAUAUAUUUUAGCAUGUUUCAACAGUUAAAAUAGCCUUAUUUAUCAUUAUACCGGUCAGUGUUAUGAAACCAGUUUAUUUACAAAGCCACAAACACUCUCAGAAGUUUUCUUAAAGCCUUUACGAUGUAUUUAUACUCCUAAAUAAAAAUGAAUGAAGGACCACUA